GAUUUGAUGAACGUAGAAAACAAAUUGAAUUUAAAUAUACCUACAGUUGAAGUCUCAGAAACUGAAGUAUCACACACUUUACGCACUAAUAUGACUAUUAACAACUCAAAUUUUGAAGGCAUAUUGGAAAUGUCCAUAUCUGAAAAUUCCAUGAGGUUUAGCGGCCAUACACUUGAUAAAGCAACAAAGGCGAAGGUCACUUUAGAAAACUACUACAGUAACCUUAUUGCACAACACAUUGAGAGAAAACAAAGACUGGCAAAAUUAGAAGAAUCUUUAAAGGAUGAAGCUUUGUCUGAACAACAAAAACAGGAAAAAAGAUCACAACAUGCCCAAAAAGAAACUGAAUUUCUUAGAUUGAAACGUUCACGGCUAGGAGUUGAAGAUUUUGAGCCUUUAAAAGUAAUAGGAAGAGGAGCUUUUGGGGAAGUAAGGCUCGUUCAAAAAAAAGACACUGGACAUGUAUAUGCAAUGAAAAUACUUCGGAAAGCUGACAUGCUUGAAAAAGAGCAAGUUGCUCACGUAAGAGCAGAAAGAGAUAUUCUUGUUGAAGCUGAUCAUCAAUGGGUUGUUAAAAUGUAUUACAGCUUUCAAGAUCCAAUAAAUUUAUACCUUAUUAUGGAGUUUUUACCAGGAGGUGACAUGAUGACCCUUUUAAUGAAGAAAGAUACAUUAUCAGAAGAAUGUACACAGUUUUAUAUCUCGGAAACUGCACUAGCUAUCGAUUCCAUCCAUAAACUGGGUUUUAUUCAUAGAGACAUUAAACCAGAUAAUCUUUUGUUGGAUGCAAGGGGGCAUAUUAAAUUAUCUGAUUUUGGAUUGUGUACAGGUUUAAAAAAGUCACACAGAACUGAUUUUUAUAGGGACCUUAGUCAAGCUAAGCCAUCAGACUUUAUGACUUCUUAUGGUGGUGGUGGAAGUGGCAGUGCUAUAGAUAGUAAGAGGAGAGCUGAAAGUUGGAAGCGAAACAGAAGGGCUUUAGCUUAUAGUACAGUUGGCACACCUGAUUAUAUAGCUCCUGAAGUAUUCUUACAAACAGGUUAUGGACCAGCUUGCGAUUGUUGGUCCUUAGGAGUCAUAAUGUAUGAAAUGCUUAUAGGUUAUCCGCCGUUUUGUAGCGAGAAUCCUCAAGAAACUUAUAGAAAAGUCAUGAAUUGGAGGGAAACACUUAUUUUUCCACCAGAAGUUCCGAUUAGUGAAGAAGCGAAAGACACAAUUAUUAAAUUAUGCUGUGAAGCUGAUAGACGACUAGGAUCUCAAAGAGGAAUAGACGAGAUAAAGUUAGUCAAUUUCUUUCGUGGAGUUGACUGGGACCAUAUUAGAGAAAGACCAGCGGCAAUUCCAGUAGAAGUCCGAUCCAUUGAUGACACUUCAAAUUUUGAUGACUUUCCAGAUGUUAAACUUGAAAUAACAUCUGCUCCUACAUCACAAGAUGGAGAAGUUAUUUACAAAGAUUGGGUGUUUAUAAAUUACACAUUUAAAAGAUUUGAGGGCCUCACGCAGCGGGGCACACAAACGAAAAAAUAGUUCACACUACAAUAACCAUGUUGAACAAAAAAUGUGAAAAACUCAUAGUAGUAAACAUCUACAUAUGUAUGAAACU